UUUGUUACACUACAGUUUCCACGACUCCGAAUUCCCCCACUCUACUUCCUACGGUUGUAAAAGAAAGAUUCAACGAAUAAUUCCCCCCCGCCCAGAAUUAUACCAAAAUCCUUAUAAACUGCCUUCUUUAUUUUACACCCGAGAAAAUCAAUUCCCAUCUCUAUAUUCUCUACUAAAAUCUUAAACUUUCCCGAGAAAACAUUUUCCGAGUCCCAAGCAAAAAUGGCGAAUCCCAAAUCCGACGAAAUGGGCGGUUCCAUUUCCUUCACCGAUUUCCCAGAGGACGUUCAGCUCUGCAUCCUCUCGUUCCUCACGCCCUCCGAAGUCUCCACCUUCGCUUGCACAUCGAAACGCUUCGUUUCGCUGUGCCGAAACGACGCCAAGCUCUGGUUCACCAUGUGCCAUAGAAGGUGGGGCUCCAAGACCCAGAUUCGAAAAUGGGGCAACGGCAAGAUCGCCUUCAGGCUUCUCUACAAAACGCUUAACGAGUGGGAAAAUCUCAUCGGUUUUUGGCGCCGAAGCGGUCGUGGAAAUAUCGGAAUCUCAUCGCCGCCGUUGGUUUUCUUCGAGUGGGGCCCAUCGUUUCUAACCGGUUCGAGAAUUUCCCCUUCGAAAAACGGCACCUACAGUGUUUUGAAGUCACCGUUUUUGUGGAUGACACUGUCGCAGGAGGGUCAGACCGUGAAUUUCCUCGACCCAGACGGUCGGGCCGAGGUGUUGGAUUGUGUCGGGGAAUUGGAUUUCUCGGAUAACGAUUUGGUUCCGGUGAAUUUGAGCUUUAUGGGGAAGACCCAUUUCGUUGUCGAGGAAAACAUGAACUUUUUCGCGUUUUCGAGUUCGAAUUCGAGCUCGAACUUUCGGAGGAGUUCGAGCUUUUCGAAUAUGAGAUGUGACGAUGAAACAGAGGAUUCGAUUGGAGGGGAUAGUGGGUACUUCUCGCCGAGUCACUCACCUGGGAGCUUACCGGACCGGUUAAUGUCGGAGAUGUAUCAGCAUUUUGCGAACCGGACGAGUCCAGGUAGUGGGGAUAAGAGGAGGCAGAGGAGGAAAGAGAAGGAGAGACAAGGGAAGAGGAAAUGGGAGGCUGAGCAUUUCGUCAAGAUCGUUAAUUGCUCGCCCACGCUGACUCGCCCUUUGCAGGGCCUCUGGAAGCCUUCAGCAGCUCCUAUUUCAAUUCUCACACUACAAUGGUGACCUCUUGCAUUUCCAUCCAUCCUUGUGUGGUACGAAGUCAAUUUUCUCACAUUAAAGGUUCACAGGUCAGUUACUCCUGCUCUCUCAAUUCAUUUCACCUGGUUAACUCUAAAUCCUUUUUCCAUUCCAUCUUUUUUUUUUUUUUUCUACCAUUAUAUUAACUAUUUAAUUUCCAUUUUCCAUUAUAGUGUCAUGGGAUGCUUUUUGCUUUUUUUACCUCUCCUGUUUAAGUAAAACUAUUCCAUCCCUCACAAGAAGAGGAGAUGCCAUUGACAUUAUGGGAUGCUUUUUGUUUCAAUCAGUCUAGAGCCCCUUUCACCAAAAAAUUCAUACCCCCUCACUUUUUUUGUGUUGUGAUCAUGUGAGUAAAUCUGUGAAUUUUUAGGUGAAAAUUCAGUGUUGUAGCAGAACUGUUUUUGUUUUGCUAUGGUAAAUGUCACCUCAGAAAAGAAAGUGUGUUGGAUGGUGGAAUCAAAUUAAUGUGUCCUUGCGAAUUGCAAUAUUGAUUUUCAUAUUUGCAAACAGCUGGAUUGUGCCCCACCGUUUGAAAUUGAAGGUAGUUGAGACUUGAGACUUGCAGAUGUUCAAUCAAGCCUGGGGACAGUAUGGCGUCACAUUCUUCAUAUAGACUGAAAUCAAAUAAUAGCACAAGAAGGAAAAAUAGGAAAAAAGUGGGGAUCGUCAAGAUUUAUUGAAAAUCAA